UUUCAAAAUGGUCGAAACAAACGUGGUCGUCAUAUUUCCUUUUCCUUUUUAAAUUUGUUGUCCUAAAGUACAGAUAAAUACUUCGUACAAAAUGGGUAAGGGAAAUAAUAUGAUUCCAAAUGCCCAUUUCCACAAAUACUGGCAACGGCAUGUGAGAACAUGGUUCAACCAACCCGCCAGGAAAGUGAGGAGGCGUCAAAACAGGGUAAAGAAAGCCAAAGCUUUAUUCCCUCGUCCAGCUGCCGGUUUACUUCGUCCAGUAGUCAGAUGCCCAACUAUUCGCUACCACACCAAGUUGCGUCAAGGUAGAGGAUUUACCUUGGAAGAACUUAAGGGUGCCGGUUUUACUUCUGGAUUUGCCAAAUCAAUUGGUAUUUCUGUUGACAAGAGACGUCGCAAUAAGUCGAUUGAAUCUCGCCAAACAAACAUCCAACGUUUGAAGGAAUACAGGAGUAAAUUGGUUCUUUUCCCGAUUAACGAGAAGAAGAUUGCCAAGGGUGAAUCUUCUCUUGAGGAAUGCAAGUUGGCUGAGCAACUUAAAUCGAAGAGAAUCAUGCCUUUGACUAAGGACGUUCCUGUCAUCACCUACAGGGAAGUUACCAAGGAAGAAAAGGCAUUCGGAGCAUUCGCCACCCUCCGAAAGGCUCGCUCCGAUGCUCGUUUGGUAGGAGUCCGCGCUAAGAAGGCAAAGGAAAAUGCAGACAACCCAGAAGAUGCCGUUAAAGAUGUUAAAAAAGCUAAGAAGUAAAUAAAAAAAUAACAUCGCAGAUUUUUUAAUAGUAAA